CAGCAGAGCGUCACCUGGCUCAGUAACACCACACAGAAUAUUGGAAAGUACUCAGCCAACAACUCGACAGAGCUUUAAUGUCAUGCCGGGAGGAUUAAUCAGUUGAUUGAUAGUCGAUCAAGAGAAAAUGAGACUGAUGUUUAGCUGGGUGGUGAAAGUCGUCCCGCAGCCCCCUGAUGCCCCGGGGACUCUGGGAGAUGAGGCUGCCAAGACCUCUGCUGCUGAAGUGUCCAGAGGUAAAGAAGUGAAGAACCAGGAGGUGAAGAGGAUAGAGGUGAAGAGCCCGCCGGUGAAAAACACCUCAGAGGAAGCCUCAGAGGAAAGUCAGACGCAGACCGGCGUGCUGGGCUGGCUGUCCAACGGGUUUGUGAGCGCCCUGCCGCAGCCCAGCUCCCCCGGGCUGCACCGGGCCAACUCCACCUCCGGGGCGGGAGAAGAUGGAGAAAGGACCGGGGUGAUCAGCUGGGUGGCUCAGGGUUUGACCAAAGUGCUGCCGCAGCCUGAUGAGAAGUACAGAGAGAUCCACAUCAACGCCAAAAAAGUUGAUGAAGUAACGGAGGUGUUUGAUGCAGAGGAGAUGCCAGAUUACGACCCCCUCCCGCACAUCCCGGUGGUGGAGAUGGUGUCCGAGGACGAGAUGUCUGAGGUGGACAGCCUGACCAGCAGCUUCCCCCCAAGGGUGGUCAGCUGGAUAAAGCAGGUGAUUCCUCAGCCGAUUCUGCUGCCUCCUGGUGCCGUGCCCCUGGAGUCAGCAGCCAAGACCAACUGCCAUGACAAAAUUGUGUCUCCACCACCCGAGUCUCUCAGUGGGAUCUCACUGGACACUGACGGCAAGGCUGCAGGGAUGGUCGGCUGGUUCGUCUCAGGUUUGGGCCUCAGGAUGCCUCAGCCGGUCGUCCCUCCCAAAGACGACGCUGUGGGUGCAGCUGAAGUCCUAAACAAAGCUUCGUACAAACUCAAACCUGACAUGGUCCUGGAGGAUGUGGAGUCAGACAACGAGGGGAAGGGGGAACAAGAGGACCGGUCCAAACCCUCAGCAGCCUCAGCACCAUCUGCAGCGCUGGCUCCUCCAUCACCUGCAGCAAAAGAGCCUCAGCCAACACAUUCCAGCUCAGGGCCAGCGCAACUGCAACGACCGGCAUCGGAGAGCGGGACAAAAUUCUCUCAAGAAGACGCUGAGACCCAGACGGGCCGCUGGACGCCGUUUAUCAACAGCAUAAAGAAGGAGGCUGAAGAUGUGGCCAUAGCGACUAUGGAAGAACGUCUCCUGCAGGAGCGCAUUGAGAUGGUGCGUAUGGCCGAGGAGGUGGCCCGGCAGACGGCUGAGAUGGCUAUUAGACAGAUGGCGGCUGAGGGUCAGUCCAUCAAGCUCUCACUGGGGAGCCAGGAGCUGCUGGAGGGCCCGGAGAUGGAGUUGCAGGCGAUACGAGAUGAGGAGAGCGAGGCGGAGCACAGUAAAACCACAGAGUGUAGGUUGCAGCCUCAGAUCUUCAGGUGCGCUCCUGGCUUCUCUAAAUACCAAAUCUACUUCUGGGACUCGGGACAUUUAGCAACUCCAGAGCCGGAGGAGGCAGCAGAGCCCCCGAGGAGCUCCCCCUCUCCUCCCCCAAACCCUGAGCCAGAAACCAAGACUGCAGAGGAGGCCGGGCCAGGGGCUCAGCCUGUGACCCAGCAGCCAGCGAAGGCAGCGGAGGGCGGCCCGGGCACCAACGCUGGCACCGCCGCUGAUAAAGAGGCGGAGGCUGCUGGGGAGGGCAGCAGUGCCCCGGCCAGCUGUGACAUGCUUAAGAGCUGCCUGAUGCGCAUCCCUCACGCCUCCGAGUGCUUUGGCAACAUCAACGCCUACUUCAAAGAGAACGGCAUCUCCCCGCCCAAAAUCCCCCCCAUGCCCAAGCUACCCACCCAGCUGUCUGACGUGACCAACCUCUUGCCCUCCCUGCCCCCCGAGCUGCGCCAGGAGUUCUCCCAGAUCCGCCUCACGCAGGUGCCCCGGAGUAUCGCCCAGACGCUGAGCGAGCUGAUCCCGCGGGGGUCCGACGGCUUCUCCGUGCCCCCCCAGGUGUCCAACCUGAGCCAGAGCCUGUCGGCCAUCCCGCAGAAGCUGUCGCAGAUCCCCAGCCGAACUCAGCAGUACUACCUCAACAUCCAGAACCGCCUCAACAGCCUCAUGCCGCAAGAUGCUAAGAAACAGCAACCGCAACAACAACAACAACAACAACAACAGCAACAGCAACAACAAAAACAGACUCACGACAAGAGCCGGCAAGACCUAGAGCUGAGCCGGCUCGUCCGCCACUCCCCUCUCCCUCCUCCCCACCACCGCCACCUGCGCUCCCGCUCCCCCUCCCCGUCCUCGCCCAGCGGCAGCACCUUAGAGCUGCCCAACGUGCCCUCGUACCCCCGCCUGCCGCCCAUCGUCAGCCCCCCGGCCAGGCAGCUCAGCAAGCUGUCCGGCCUCUCCAACCCGGCGUUCUGCAUCGAGGACGACCCGGACGCUUCAGCCGCACGACCCGCAGAGAGCGCCGGGCUCGGCCUCCGCCCCGCCGUCAACGUAGAGGAUGUCGACUCCGACCACGAGAGAGCAGGAGCCGGAGAGGGAGGAGGACGAGGAGGAGGAGAAAGAAGAGGAGGAAGAGGAGGAGAGGGAGCAGGGGCGGAUCAGAGCGGCGCCUCCCAAAUCCUCACGGCACCGGACCCCAAACAGCAGACCCUCGCCGUGCCCGUGACCCCGACCGGAGGCCGCCAGAGCAAGAGGCUGCACUCUCAGAGCGAGGAUGAUGAUGAUGAAGGAGGAGGCGCCCCCGUCAGAGCCUGGCCCAGCCAGUCCAGCCUGCACAGCGACGACGCCCUGAAGGAGCGUCCGGCGUCCUCGGCCAGCCAGACGAGCACGGUGGUGAACGAGCGGCUCCAGGAGCUCGUCAAGAUGUUCAAGGAGCGGACGGAGAGGGCCAAGGAGAAGCUCAUCGACCCCGACAGCUCCGACGAGGACGACAGCGUCAUCGCCUCUCCUCCUCAGGCCUCGGCUCCGCCCCCUGCUCCUGGAUCUCAGCAGGAGGAGGAGGAGGAGGAGGAGGCAGAGGAGGAGGAGGAGGAGGAGCGGUCACGGCGCUGCUGCAAGGUGAAAACUCCUCGGUGGAUACGAGCCUGUAUGCACUACCGCUUCCCCGCCAGCAUCGACCCCUUCACCAACUUGACCUACGUGUUGUGGAUGUUCUUCGUCACUCUGGCGUGGAACUGGAACGUGUGGUUCAUCCCGGUGCGCUGGGCCUUCCCGUACCAGACGCCGGGCAACAUCCACUACUGGCUGCUGACCGACUACCUGUGUGACCUCAUCUACAUCCUGGACAUCACCAUCUUCCAGCCGCGCCUGCAGUUCGUCCGCGGAGGAGACAUCGUGUGCGACAAAAAAGAGAUGAGGAAGAACUACAUGAAGAGCGUACGCUUCAAGUUUGAUGUUGUCAGUCUGGUUCCUCUGGAGCUUUUCUACUUUAAAACCGGCAUCAACCCUCUGCUGCGCUUCCCCCGCCUGCUGAAGAUCAACUCCUUCUUUGAGUUCAACGAGCGUCUGGAGGCGAUCCUGACCAAAGCCUACGUCUACAGGGUGAUCCGCACCACCACCUACCUCCUCUACUGUCUCCACUGUAACGCCUGUCUGUUCUACUGGGGCUCAGCUUAUGAGGGACUGGGAUCCACCAAGUGGGUCUACGACGGCAAGGGCAACAGCUACAUCCGCUGUUACUACUUUGCGGUGAAGACCCUCAUCACCAUCGGCGGCCUGCCCGACCCCACCACCCUGUUCGAGAUCGUCUUCCAGCUCAUCAACUACUUCGUCGGAGUCUUUGCCUUCUCCAUCAUGAUCGGACAGAUGCGUGACGUGGUCGGUGCAGCCACUGCCGGCCAGACCUACUACCGGGCCUGCAUGGACAACACCAUUAAAUACAUGUCGUCCUACCGCAUCCCCAAGGACGUCCAGAACCGCGUCAAAACCUGGUACAACUACACCUGGCAGUCGCAGGGCAUGCUGGAUGAACAAGAGCUGCUGACUCAGCUGCCAGAUAAAAUGCGUCUGGACAUCGCUAUUGACGUCAACUAUUCCAUCGUCAGCAAAGUCCCUCUUUUUCAGGGCUGCGACCGCCAGAUGAUCUUCGACAUGCUGAAGAGCCUGCGCUCUGUCGUCUACCUGCCGGGGGAUUACGUCUGCAAAAAGGGGGAGGUGGGGCGCGAGAUGUACAUCAUCAAGGCGGGGGAGGUGCAGGUGGUCGGCGGUCCCGAUGGGAAGACGGUGUUCGUCACACUCAGAGCAGGAUCAGUCUUUGGAGAGAUCAGUUUGCUGGCGGUGGGCGGCGGCAACAGGCGCACGGCCAACGUGAUCGCUCACGGCUUCGCCAACCUCUUCAUCCUCGACAAGAAAGACCUGAACGAGAUCCUGGUCCACUACCCCGAGUCCCAGAAACUACUGCGAAAGAAAGCCAGGAAGAUGCUCAACAAGGGCAAGAAGCCUGAGGCCAAAGAGGAGGCGAAGGAGCCCCCCCAGGCGCCGGCUGCCCCUGCCAGGCCCGAGACCCCCCGACUGCUGAGAGCGGCCCUGGAGAUGACCGAGAAAUCAUCUGGACUCAGAGGAGCUCUGGCUAAAGUCAAAGAAAAGACCAACAAGUCCAGCAUCUCCUUACAGCCCUCCAUCUCCUCUUCCCUUCCUCCUCCGUCUCCCGUCUCCAGCUCAGGACCCGACAGAGAGACGGAGACGCCGUCGCCCGUCUCUGCCGGCUCGGCGACGCCUCAGUCUGCGUCGCGGUGCCGCAACACCGGCUCGGCAACACCUCGCUCUGCGUCACGUUGUCACGGCGACACAGAGAGGACGCCCGGGAACGAGGCGGGCGAGGAGGACGAGGGCAAGGAGAGAGGGAAGAGGAAGGAAAAGAAGAAGUGA